GUUUCCUUACAAUAAAGGGCCAGUUCAUCCCCGUCCUCGUCCAUCAUAAGACGUCUCUUCCUCUUCCCCAGCUCCCGAACUUCCGUUCCUCUUUCGAUCGAUCGAUCGGUUCGAGGUCUUUGUCAUCUUCAUCGCGCAAUUUUCCGGUCGAAGAACCAUGUCGAAGAGUUGCUUCAAGUUGGAGCAUCCCCUCGAAAGGAGGCAAGCAGAGGCUGCUCGUAUCAGGGAGAAAUACCCUGAUAGAAUUCCUGUGAUUGUGGAGAAAGCUGAGAGAAGUGACAUACCAGACAUUGACAAAAAGAAGUAUCUGGUUCCUGCUGAUCUCACAGUCGGGCAGUUUGUUUACGUGGUACGCAAGAGGAUCAAGCUCAGCGCCGAGAAGGCAAUUUUCAUCUUUGUGAAGAAUUCCCUGCCGCCCACGGCUGCUAUGAUGUCUGCGAUCUAUGAGGAGAAUAAAGACGAGGAUGGUUUCCUUUACAUGACUUACAGUGGAGAGAACACAUUUGGCUCUUUGUGAGCACAACAUGGUCUAUUCUGUAAAUAAGAUCUGAAAACGUGUGCAUUAAUUAUAUCCUAUCUAUGAUACCGUUAUCAAUUGGAUUCCUAA